GUAAAAUUUACAGUAUCGUUGGUCAUUGCUGUUUUAUGUCCCGUGGCGGUGGUUGGAAAUGCGUUGAUUUUGGUGACGAUUUGGAAGAAAAGUUUUUCGAGAACAUCGUUCCAUAUUCUUCUAAGUGGAUUGGCAUUGAGUGAUUUUUGUACCGGUCUGAUCGCUUAUCCAACCUAUGCUUCUUAUGGUUUGAUAUUGUCAACAAACUCGGCGGUUGUGCGAGAUACACCACAGCCAACUAAUGUCUUAGGAAAAGUCACAGUGAUCAGUGCAAUUUACUUGGUCACCAUUACGCUUCUGACAAUAACACUGAUGUCCAUUGAACGAUGGUUGCACAUGUCUGGAGGAUUCUCUUUCACAUCUCAUCGCCGAUUUUUGGUUCUUGUCGUGAUCUUGUUUCUUCCAAUUCCUUUGGUUGCUCUUUACUUUUUAAAUCCAUCCUCAUUCCCCAUAGUAAUAUCCAUAGAAAUGUUUAUCAGCUAUUGUGUUACAUCUUUCGCUUAUUUUAAGAUCUAUCGAAUUAUUCGAAGUCAUCAGAAUCAAACUCAAGCUAACAGGAUACCUGGGAACUUUGGCCAUUCUGCAAUAGACGUAACCAAAUACAAAAGAUCUGUUGCAACCAUCUUAUACAUUUUAUUGCUAUUCUCUAUUUGUUUCUUGCCUUUUAUUGUAUCUAACACGGUAAAUGUUUUGAUAAAGGCUGGUCCCAGAGAGCUGAAUAUAACUAUUGACGUGACGAUGGUGCUCGUAUUUCUGUCUUCGUCUCUCAGUCCAGGGUUGUACCUUUGGAGAAUGAGAGAUAUCCGUAAUGGCUUCAAACAACUAUUCGUUUGCAGAAGAAACUGA